ACUUCCUAGUAUCUAUGAAAAAUUACAAACUAACAACAUACUUCAAAAAUGGCAUUAUGAUCCAGUUCGAAGUGAAAAAGAUUCAAGAGAAUAUUCUGAAAAAGAUUACAAUAAAUAUAAAAAAUAUCAUCGGCAACCUGUUGAUAGAAAUGAUCCAAGAUGCAAAAUUAAAAGAGCUGUUCUUGAAAUAGUAGAUCCAAAAAAUCUAGAAAACAAGAUUCUUGUUACUUUAUAUAGAUAUUCUUAUAAAAACUUAAAUGAUCUUACAAAUUGUGUUUGGUAUACACCUAAAUAUUGCUCUCGACAUACUUUUCAAGAUUUUAAUAGCUUAUAUGAAGAAGUUUUAAUUAAUGAAUUCAAAGAUCAGAUCAAAUAUUUAGAACUUUUAAAUCUUCUUGAUCCAAAAAACUAUAGUGUUCAAAUAAAAGGUCGUGAAAAUGAAAAUUUUUGUCCCAAAGUAAUUGGAUUUUCUGCAAACACAAAUGUUAGAUUUAUUUACGAUUUUUGCGAAGAUGAAGAAUUAAAACCUAUAUCAGAACAGAAAUUUAAUAAUACAAAAUUAUUUAGUUCAUUUAUAAAUCGAUUAGAUUAUAUUGUAGAAUUCAAGAAAUUUAGAGAAAAUAAUGAAAAACCAUGUUAA